AAGCGCUGCCCUGGGGAGGCGGGCUAUGGUGUCAUAUGAUUGUCUUGUCACAUGAUUCCUAGAAAUGGGGUGUGGGGAGAGAGAGGAAAGGGAGGAGGAAUGUGAAUUGAGUAGAAAAGAAACACAGCAUUCUUGGAGAGUCCCGCCUCUAUAUAGACAAGUAACCAAUGGAAGCCCUGGAUUCCCGGCCCAUGGCUAAUGAAAACUGAGGUGGGCGGGCCAUCAGGCGGCCGAGCCCUAGUCCAGGAGCUGACCGCCAGAUGCCUCCCAGGGAGCGCGGACCCAGAAGCAGGCAGACCAUGUGGAUCCUGGUGAGCUGGCUGGCCUUAGUGGCAGGGCUGGUGGCUGGAACACAGUGUCCAGAUGGUCAGGCCUGCCCUAUUGCCUGCUGCGUGAACCCAGGAGGAGGCAGCUACAGCUGCUGCAACCCUCUUCUGGACACAUUGCCUAUGAUAAUGAGCUAUCGUCUGAGUAGCUCCUGUCAGAUCCAUGACCACUGUCCUGCUGGCUACUCUUGUCUCCUCACUGUGUCAGGGACUUCCAGUUGCUGCGCCUUCCCUAAGGGUGUAUCUUGCGGUGAUGGCUACCACUGCUGCCCCUGGGGCUUUCACUGUAGUACAGAUGGCACAGCCUGCUUCCGAGUAUCAGAUAACGCCCUGGGGGCUGUCCAGUGCCCCGGAAGCCAGUUCGAAUGCCCUGACUCCUCUACCUGCUGCAUUAUGAUAGAUGGUUCCUGGGGAUGCUGCCCCAUGCCCCAGGCCUCUUGCUGUGAAGACAGGGUACACUGCUGUCCCCAUGGGGCCUCCUGUGACCUGGUUCAUACGCGAUGCAUUACAUCUUUGGGCACCCACGUCUUGUUAAAGAAGUUCCCUGCACAAAGGACCAAAACCAACAGGGCAGUGGCUUUGCCUUUCUCGGUAGUGUGCCCUGAUGCACAGACCCAGUGCCCUGAUGAUUCUACCUGCUGUGAGCUACCCACUGGGACGUAUGGCUGCUGUCCAAUGCCCAACGCCAUCUGCUGUUCCGACCAUCUGCACUGCUGUCCCCAGGACACUGUGUGUGACCUGAUCCAGAGUAAGUGCCUCUCCAAGGACUACACCAUGGACCUCCUGACCAAGCUGUCUGCAUACCCAGUGCCUAAAGUGAGGGAGGUGAAGUGUGACACGGAGGUGAGCUGCCCAGAUGGAUACACUUGCUGCCGCCUUACCACCGGGGCCUGGGGCUGCUGUCCGUUUGCCAAGGCUGUGUGCUGUGAGGACCAUAUACACUGCUGCCCAACAGGGUUUCAGUGUCACACAGAGACAGGAACCUGUGAACAGGGAGCCCUCUGGGUACCCUGGAUGAAGAAGGUCACAGCUCCCCUCAGCCUGCCAGACCCACGAGUCUUCAAGAGUGAUGUCCCCUGUGAUGACCUCACGACUUGUUCUAACAAUGCGUGCUGCAGACUCAGUUCUGGGGACUGGGGCUGUUGUCCCAUCCCAGAGGCUGUCUGCUGUGUAGAUCAGCAGCAUUGCUGCCCGCAGGGCUUCACGUGUAUGGCUGAGGGGUACUGUCAGGAGGGAGACAGAAUAGUGGCUGGCCUGGAGAAGAUGCCCGCUCGCCGGACAUCUCUGUCCCAAAUUGGAGAUAUCGGUUGUGACCAGCACAUCAGCUGUCCUGUGGGGCAGACCUGCUGCCCUAGCCUGAAGGGAGGCUGGGCCUGCUGCCAGUUACCCCAUGCUGUGUGCUGUGAAGACAGGCAGCAUUGCUGCCCGACCGGAUACACCUGCAAUGUGAAGGCAAGGACCUGUGAGAAGGACAUGACUUCCAUCCAGGCCUCUGCCCUCCUGGCCCCUGGCUCUAAGUUUGGUGAUGUGGAGUGUGGGGCAGGGCACUACUGCCAUGAUAACCAGACCUGUUGUAGAGAUAGUCGAGGAGGCUGGGCCUGCUGUCCCUACCUAAAGGGCACUUGCUGCACAGAUGGGCGUCACUGUUGCCCCAUCGGCUUCCACUGUUCAGCCAAGGGGACCAAGUGUUUGCGAAAGAAGACCCCUCGCUGGGACAUGUUUUUGAGGCACCCAGCCCCAAGACAGGCACUGUAAGGAGGGGCUAAAGACUAAAGAACUCCACAGCCCUGAGAACCUGUUCAGAGGUUGUCCAUCGCUCAGGCCCCCCUAAAGCCCCUCUUCCCCCAGAGUCACCCAUUCUGAGUGCCACCCGGUCACCAUGGGAGGUGUGGCCUCAAACCAAGACCUUCUUUUGUGCAAAGAAGGCUGAGGCAAAAGCCCCAUUUCAAGCUGCCAUUUCUUCUGAUUUCUGUGAACCUAUGGCCAGGUGCUCUUCCAGAUCCACAGGUAUUGUGUGAGCUUGCUUGUGUGUGUGUGUGUGUGUGUGUGCGCGCGCACGCGGGUUUGCUCCAAUAAAGUUUGUACACUUUC